AUGACAGAUACAGUCAAACUAAUCAGCUCAGAUGGCUUCGAGUUUGUUAUUGAUCGUAAAUGCGCCAUGGCUUCUGGAACGCUGAAAAACAUGUUGUCAAGUCCAGGCACGUUAUUUGUGACAUUGAUGGUGUUGGAGGAAGAGCGCCAAUUCACGGAAUCCAUUCAAAAUGAAAUCAGGCUUCGAGACAUGAAGGCUAUCAUCGUCGAAAAAGUAUGCAAAUACCUGUAUUAUAAAGUGAAGUACUCGAAUGCUACAUCGGAUAUCCCACCAUUCCCAAUGGAGAAUGAUUUGGCUCUUGAAUUGCUCAUGGCUGCUGAUUUCCUGGAUGUAUAA